AUGAUAAUGGAGUGGACCAGCUCGGGAGAAACCGCCGCUUUCGAGACCAUUGAGCUCGGUGUCCAAGGGACAGUCAUUGGCCUCCAUGGAGUGUUGGCCGACUCGGACUGGCUCAGUAUCUUGGAGGUGGGCAUUCUUGUCGACGACGGAAAUGACGACGGCGUUGCUGUUGUGGAGGCCGGUGAGCUUGGGCCUGUGGCGAGCAGCGCGGAGUUCUACGACCUUCGUCUGGCAGAUACCGUCGGAUGCGACCCCGCCGGGUGCUCAGCGGCACUGACAAGGGGCGAUAGGGAGUGGCUCAGUAUCAUCGAGACGGAGAUCAUGGUGCUGUCCGACGGCGACGAUGUGGUUCAGACGCCCGGUCCCACCGACGGGCACGAGGCCAUUCCGACGCCCAGUCCCACCACCACCAUCACCACCACCACCACUCCUACUCCAGUCCUGCCUCCCACCACUGUGAACCCGUGCUUGGACCCGCUCCACGCGGACUACGCUUGCCAGGGGGGAGAGGACGACGGACUGUAUCCUCCACCGGACAGCGUUGUGCUCACAGACUGCGGUCUAACGGAUGCGGACUGGGAAGACAUAAAGGCGUGCCUGGUCGUCGCUGGCGAAGAGACUGACACCACGAUUACCACAUUGAUAAUGUCUGGCAACCCUGACAUCACCACUGUUCCGGAGGGCCUGUUUGAGGUAUCACCUUCUUUGGCGAGCUCGAUGACAUGGCUGUCCCUCGAGUACAACGCGUUGACCACCAUUCCAGGAGGGAUGUUCGACUCGCUGGUGAAGCUGUGGGGAUUAUUCUUGACCGGCAACGGCUUGUCUGAGCUGCCCGAGGGGAUCUUCGACACUCUGGGAGCGCUAGACUGGAUGUUCCUGUACGACAACAGCUUGAGCAGCCUUCCAGCGGGGGUUUUCGACAAUCAAGUGGCACUCUUCUACUUAUACCUGUACAACAACGACCUUGUGACUCUACCCGCCGACAUCUUCGAGGCCCUUGGAGCGCUAGGUGAAUUGCGCUUGGACGGGAACCCUUCCCUGCAGUGCCUGCCGGCAUCGACAGUCAUGAUGCGAUCCUAUCGACGCCAUCACGUGCGCCGACGGGACGACUUGCCAGCCUGGAUCCGAAGGCUACACCUGCGAAUAAUGAAUCGAGCGGUAGCGGCAAAGGGCGACCAAGCCUCCCACGUCGUUGUUCACGCGUGCCGAGGGCGGUAG